AUGCCUAAAAAGAGAGUUGAGCGUGAGAAUACCAAGAGUCCGGCGACAACUGGAGGCAGGAAGAAGACCGCGGCCAUCAGAAGUAACGGUCAGAUCACAUCCGUCGAGCCACCGCCACAACAGCAAACAGGCCCGUCGCAAGAGCUCGAGCCGAUCGAGAUCAACAAAAAAGGUCAAACGAACGGGUCCGACGAACGAGCCCGAGCAAGAAAGUCGCCCGGUGAAAGUACCGAAGACCGGGGCCCAAUCCGCUCCACGGAUAACACAAAACACAUUUCG